UCCUAGCUCGAUGCUGUUCUAAGGAGCGACUAAAGAUGAUAGAUGAUGCAGAUAUCGAACGAUGCCCAUCGGUGGCAACCGUGUCGGUGCCGGACGGGCUACAGGUGAAAUCGAACGCUAUCGUGCGGUUCCUGAACGUACAGAGCACGGUACCGUUCGCUAGGCUCAAGUGCAACACGAACCUCAACAUGCCGCCCUCGAAUUGGCUCAGCAAUUCGGCCAACUCGUACGGUUUGGGCCAAUUCCUGUCGCACCAGGCCGGUUUCAGCAGCUUUCGCAUGGCAAACAUGUUCCCGGACUGUGUCGGCGGAGUGGACGUCGUAUCGGAUGCGGAAAACAUCAAGCGACUGUUGAAGCUGCCGUACUCGAGCAAAAGCGUCAUCUCGAUGAUCGUGCACCGGAUCGAAAACACGCUGCUAAUCGACGAAUUCGAUGUGGCCAAGUAUUUGCUACAACAGGAAGAGAGCGAGUGGCAAUGGUUGCGCUCGUUUAUAGUGGAAAACAUUAUAAAAAGCCUGAGCGACACGGAGCGGAAGCUGCUGCUGCAUCCGAAAUCGCGCGAAGCCUUCCAUCAGAAGUACCUCACGUCCAAGUUCCUCUAUCACAGUCUUCAGGAGGGCGAUGAUGCGGGAACGGGUGUGGAACCGAUCGUUGCACCGAACGAUUGCGCACCGUACAAGGCACUGCCCCUAGCCGGUCCAGUACUGCCCGAACCGACACGUGACGAACACUUUCCGGAUGCACAGCAAACGAACCACGUAUUUAAUCGUAAUGUUAUCUGGACAUUUGAAGAUAUUCGUAUGCUAAUCGGUACCGAUAUGCCGAUCUUUGGCGGAGCGAACCGGCCCUGCAUCAGUCUGCGAUUGCGCGAUGAAUCGAAACCGAUCAACGUGCUCACCGGGAUCGACUAUUGGUUGGACAAUCUAAUGUGCAACGUACCGGAGGUGGUCAUGUGCUAUCAUCUCGAUGGGAUCGUGCAGCGCUAUGAGUUGAUCAAAACGGAGGAUCUACCGAGGUUGGAAAAUUCGGAAUUCUCUCCUCAACUCAUACGGAACGUGGCCCAAAACAUUCUUGCCUUCUUGAAGGCUAACGUUACGAAGGCAGGCCAUACGUAUUGGUUGUUUAAGGCACGGAACGACGACGUGGUGAAACUGUACGAUCUAACAACCCUCUGCAAAGGACACGAGGCCGCCACUGAGGAUGAUGGUGAUGAUGAUGCACCGAAUGGAUUGGCGGGAACGAUGCCAACGCGAAGCGGAGGAUCCGGUUCGGAUGGAGAACGACGACGAUCGGCUACAGACACUGCUGACGCAGCAGCGGAUGGUUCAUCGAGUCGUCCCGGACAGAAUCCAUUCACCGUACCGGUAGCGAUGCUACUGUACACCGUGGCCCGUAACAUGAAAAACUCCGUCGCCGGUGGUGGCAGCUUGCCCGCCUCGAAGGCAGGUGCCAUCCGUACGCUGCUCGACAAUUGCAUUAAACUGUUGCCGAAAGAGAAAUACCCACAAAUCGUUACCUCAUCGCACUACAUUCUCUCCGAUUUGCACAUCCCGGCUGACACGGAUCCCGGAUCACCCAAGUUCAAUUCAACUGUGGCCGAGGAAGAUGACGAAGAUACGGCAUUUCUGUUCGGAGAGCGAAACACUACACCAUCACCGUCGGAGAACGGACUGGAUGACCCACUGGAUGGCGAAGAACGACAUCAACCUGAAGCCGAACUUUCCGAUGAAUCCACACCGUCCGGCCAUGGUGGUGAUGGUAAGCUGGAGGCGGCUAUCAAGAGCAUCAAGGAUACGCUUAAAGAAUACAAGGGGGAUGCGGAGGGACUGGGAAAACACAACUCACGGCCCGCACCUUUGCUCUGCAAUACCGCGGAACGAUGCCAAAUUGCACUGCAACACAUCGUCGCCGGGCUGCAGUGCUUGCAGUACUUCGACAGUUACGAGGAGCAGAAGCAGCGCGAGAAGGAAAAGGAAGCCGAAAGGCGCCGUAUCAUUCACGAGGAAACACAUCAAAACAUGGCCGAACCGGAAUGUGCCAUACCGUUGCCAUACGAACCGCUGAGCACUCGGCGCGAAUCAUCCCUUGACCCAGAGUCUCCCAUUCCGAUGGGCUGGAAGGAACCGUCGAACGGUGAUGGCGUAGAAUCGUCUACCGAUGCACCAGCUGGCACGGAGGUGGAAUCGGAUGAAAAGGUAUCUCCUGGCAAGGUUCGGAAACGAUCCAAACGGAAGCAACAGCCAGUGGAACGGCAAAAGAAACCGGCGAAAGCAAGCGCUCAGCAUUCGCAGAGUUGCGAAGAGGACCCACGGGCAUUGCUGUUAAAGGGAGAGAUCGGUGUGAUCAAAUCGUGGAACGUGCAUUUAAAGAUUCUCCUAUUCGAAAAGGCCUGUCUGGUGUACGCGACGAUGGCCGAGCAGGAGUACGCGCAGCAAAACUACGGCACCACGUUGCGGCACCUGUACUCGGCGAUACGGUGCCAGCAGGUAGUGACCAAGUACAUCUCGUUCGUCUCGUCACAGCGUGGCCUGCUACUGGGUCGGGCCGGUGAUUGUUUCUUUCAGUUGGCCAAACAAUGGGACAACAUUGGGCGCUAUAUGGAGCAGUAUCGGGAUGAGAAACGGGUCGAUCAGUUGAUCAUGGAAGAACUGGUAAAGGAUAUCGGGGUCGAGGUGGAAAAUACGUUACCCACACCAACCGAGAACGUAGAGCAGCUGAUGAUCACGAGCUGUGGUUGCUACGAAACGGCGAUCGCCUGUGCCACGAGUAAGGACGCACAGGAUGAGCUAAAGCGUCGAUUGGGCAGCGUACGGAAUGAGCUGGGCGUCAAAUAUAUGCACUGGGCACAGGAAGAGUACCAGCGGUACUGGGAGACUCAGGCUGGUGAACAGCAGGAGGCGCAGAAGGAGCAAUCGACUGAGGCUAAGACUGGUGAUAGAACGGUCGAACCACUGUAUCAACUGUUGGCCAAAAAAUCGUUCGAUUCACUACAGAAAGGUGUGACGCUGUUCGAGGCGGUGGCCGAUACAACCAAUUUGGCCUUUUUGCUGUGCAACAUGGGACGGUUUAUGCGAUUCCGGGCGCACAUCCAUCUGGUUGGAGAAAGACCAAACAAUGUGAUUCUGCAGAAGAAGUUCUACCACGAAGCAUUUGGUUACUAUCAGCGCGCCUUGGGGACACUUGGGACGCGUAAGGAAAACCCGGAACUGUGGUCACUGGUAAGCUGGGAGCUCUCGACGGCUACCUUUAACCUGGCCAAACAGCUACAGGACCACAGUGAGAUCAACCCGCCGGGGAAGACCGCACAAUCGCCGGAAGAGAUUGAGCAGGAGGUAGUGGAAAUGCUGCAGCGAGCACUGAAGCUCUGUGAUCAGGACAACAGUGGCCCAAAACAGGUACUUUACUCCUUCCGGGCCGCACUCAUACAUCACCGGAUCGCUUCCUACUACCACAUGUCCUACCGGAAGACCGUGGACGAACAACGCCGAAAAACUGUCCUCCAGCUGACGAAGCUACACUACGAAAAGGCAGCCAAAGCCUUCGAAAGCCUCGCCGAACCGCAAGAGUUUUUACAAAUCCAGAUGGAGCGCAUCGCCCUCCAGGAGUACCUGUGCGAACAGUCGCAAACAACGGCGGCCAAAACGCGCCAUCUACUAGUCGCGCUCGAGCUCUGCAAGCAAGCGCUACCACCGAUCGAACAGCUAGCUAGCAAUAAAACGCAAGUGGCGGAUAUGCCGUCCACCGCUUCCGACGUGGCAGGACUCGAGGAGCUGUACAAGCUGCUCGAUCUGUUUGAAAAGCGGCUCCAGGUGAUCCUGCGGACACUCACAAAACUUGCGCUCAUCGCGGCCAGCAAGAAGGAAGCGAGUGCCGUGAACGAACGAAAUGCCGCACACUACAAGGCUCUGUUUGCGGUGGCCCUUGUAAAGCGCCCCGCCACCACCACGGAAGAUAUUGCGGGGCGGGAUGCGGUGGGACCCCUAGGGUCGUCUGGUGCCGUCAGCAUUGGACCAGUUGCGGUCGAACCGCUCAUCAAAGAGUAUGCCUUACAUUUAUGCUGCAUUUUACGGAAAAUAUGUGAUCUCGAUCGUGACCACGAGGAACGCUAAUAAACUGACUGCCCGCCCUCAUUCCCAGCUCUGGGACAGCACGAAUCUAAUCAAACAAACGAAUAAAGAGGCACACGCGAUCGCUUGGCGAUAUCGUGAAGAUUAACAUGCGUUAGGUUUUUGUCAAUGAAACAC